GUACAUAUGCUUUUGUUUCCUUCUCAGGGGCACAGCGAUUGCGGGCAUCAUGUUUGGAAUCGUGUUCAUCAUGGGGGUCAUUGCGGGAAUCGCCAUAUGCAUCUGCAUGUGCAUGAAAAACAACCGGGGGACCCGCGUGGGAGUCAUCAGAACAGCACACAUCAAUGCCAUCUCCUAUCCCAUGGCACCGCCCCCCUAUACUUAUGACCAUGAGAUGGAAUACUGCACAGAUCUGCCGCCACCAUACUCUCCAGCCCCACAGGCUUCAGCACAGCGCUCGCCACCCCCUCCGUAUCCUGGAAAUCCAAGGAAAUAUUCCUCCUCUCAGAACAGACUAUGUGAUAAUUAGCAAUUUCACCCGGAACGAAAUGCCUCAAUUUAGA